AUGCAUGGCAGAUAUGGCAAAUCUGACGAUGCAGUCGUGAAGAGCGCCUUAAAGGCUUCACUGAAACAGUCGUCAUCGAAGUUAAAGUGCAGCAUUCCAAUUGGCAAACCCGGUAUGAUGUUGCUGUCCAGACUUUUGUGGCGCCAUUUCGGCCGGACAACUCCGGCCAACCGGCAUUCUCUUCAGAUGCCAGGCCUGGCGCGCAUCCUCCCCACCCGUCUGCUUCCAGCAUACAUGUUCAUCGACUCAUGUAAAGGCUAUAAGCUCAAGUCGAUGAACGGGCAGAUGCGCGCUUGA